UUUGGGAGAACGGAGGUGAUAGACAACACUCUAAACCCAGACUUUGUCAGGAAGUACAUCCUGGACUACUUCUUUGAGGAGAAGCAGAAUCUACGCUUUGACGUAUAUGAUAUCGAUUCCAAAAGUCCAGAUCUGGCAAAGCAUCCCUCCGACAUUGACGACUUCUUGGGGCAGGUGUUCUGUACUCUGGGAGAGAUCGUAGGAUCCCCCGCCAGUCGACUGGAGAAACCCCUUGG